AUGAAGAUUAGUAUUUUAGGUUUUGCUGAUGAUUUGAAUAUAGUUGGUGACAAUGUAGAGAAUGUGGCACAGAGCACCACAGCUCUCAUUAGCGAAGCAAAAACCAUAGGGCUGAAUUUAAAUGAUAAUAAAACCAAAGUGAUGGAGCUACUACCAGACAACAACCAGGUUGACAAUGUAGUGGUUCAAGAGCAUACAUUUGAAAAAGUACACCAAUUUACAUAUCCGGAGGCCUCUAUCAGUAGUAAUAAUGAUUGGUCCAUCGAAUUAAAUAGUCGAAUCAUUAAGGCAGAAAAGGCAUAA